AGGGGUGUCCUCCCCAUGGUGUGGGGGGUUAGAUCCAUCACCGGGGAGAGAGGGACUGCAGAAAGACUGACGUCAGAGUUUUCCUUCUUGCAGACCCUGGAUGCCAUGGACGUCCUGCUGGAGAGCUUGGUGCUCAGCUCCCCGGGCUCCAGGGACCUGCGGAGAAUCUUGGAGAUGCUGCUGCCCUUCGUCGACAUCGAGUACGCAGCUGUAUGUGAACGGGCCGUGGCAAGGAUCACAAAGCUGGCCGAUUUGAUGGCCAGCUCUUCCUCAGUGCAGGUAGGGAGGCAGGCACCCUCCAGCCAGGCUGUCUCCCAUUCCCUGCCCACCGUGGGCAGCAGCCUGCGGCUCAAGAUGCCUGAGGCAUUCAGCACGGCUCUGCCCUGGGCAAGGGUCUCGGCUUCUCUUUUUCCCAUGUUUUUUCCUCCCCAGUGCCCUUUCUGCCAGCAGCCAUCUUGGCCCCCAGUCCUGUGCAGGUCAGCACUGCCCAAGGAGCAUGGCGGGAGGCCAGGCCUGGCAGCUCUCCCUGCCCGGCUGCCCAGCUCGCUGCUCUGGGAGGGCCCUGCACAACUCCGACCCUCCAGGAUCCUUUCCUGGGGCAGUCUCAGGUUCGGAGCUUUUGUUGCGCUGCUGCCCCUCAGCCCUUCUACCUGUCCUGCCUCCCUUGCCCAGGUCUGGAGCUUGCUUGAACACGACGACAGCUCUUCCCACCAUGACAUCAGCAAGGACCGCUUGCUGGGACAGCUGCUGGGACGUCUGAUUGUUUGCUGGACUAGCAAGAUCUGGGCAAUCCAGCAGGAGGCUUUGGAUGCUCUUCAGUACCUCUUCAGAUUCAUCCAGCAGCAAAAAUCUGCUUCCCGCAGCAUCCCAGCUAUUGUUUUGCUGCAGAAGCCAAGUGCUCACCACAAGUCCGGCACUGCUCUUUGCUGCUCUCCUUCCCACUCUUCUCAGGGCAUCUCAGAACCCAGCAGUUACAUGGUCCCCAUAGCCAAAGCUGUCACCGAUGAUAAUCAAUGCUGUGUCCUAAUGACUCUUCCAUGA